GGAAAAAACAUAUUUGAAGGGUUUCAAGUUAUGGAGAAAUUAGUGUGUGCGCUUGAGUUGGAUAUGAGAAAUGGGUAAAAUAAUACAUGGGCUUGCUUGAAACUCUGAGAUUCUUCUAAUCGGCUGGUUAAAUUGAUUCUUUUUAAGUUAAUAAUUGUUUUGUAUACAAGAUGUGGAGAAUUCACUGAUGCGCAGAGGGUGUUCGAUGAAAUGCCUGAUAGAGCUGUUGUGGAGAAAUGAUGGGUUGUAAGGAAUGGAGAAAUGAGUAAGGCAUUGGACCAUUUUAGGCUGAUGCAAAGGGUCUGUUUUCACAGAGACAAUGCUCUGUUUUCUGCCAGGACAAAUAUUUUCGAAUUUCGUAUUCAUAUCCCGAAAUCGGGCGACUUAUCCCAAAACUCGUUUUUCGGUUCUCGGAAAUUACCGUUUCGAACCCACCCCUUCCUCUUCUUCUCUUCAAUGGCAUCCACUACUGAUGAGCACUUGAAUGAAGUUCAUGAAUCUCAUUUUUUUAAUAGAGUAGUAACUGCUCCAGAUGAAUCCCAACCUAAUUUUGAGGGUCCUCCAAUAUCUGAUAAAAUAUUCGUAAAUUCUCCGAAGCUUGGCUCUUACAGAAGGGGUGACUCCACAUUCUACUCCCUUAUCGAACAUCAUGCCAAUUCUGGAGAUUUCAGGGCCUUGGAGAUUGUUUUUCAACGGAUGAAACGCGAAAGACGAGUCUUUAUCGAGAAAAACUUCAUUAUAGUUUUUCGAGCUUGUGCGAAAUUCCGUUUAUACCGUAAAGCCGUUGAGUUAUUUGACAGAAUGGUAACGGAGUUUCAGUGUCAACAAACCGUCAGGUCUUUCAACUCCGUGCUUAAUGUGAUCAUCCAACAAGGCGAAUACCGCCACGCUUUGGAUUUCUACGAUCACGUCGUGAACAACAGAACGAACAUCUCGCCGAAUGUGCUGACCUGUAAUUUACUGAUCAAAGCACUAUGCAAGGUGGGGCUCGUCGCGAGGGCUGUCAAUGUUUUCAGGGAAAUGCCCGAUUUGAAAUACCGGCCGGAUGCGUACACGUAUUGCACACUAAUGGAUGGGUUGUGCAAGGAGAAUCGAAUCGACGACGCUGUUGUUUUGUUGGACGAGAUGCAAAUAGAGGGGUGUGAUCUAAGCCCCGUGGCGUUCAAUGUCUUGAUUGACGGGCUGUGCAAGAAGGGCGACCUGCCGAGGGCCGCGAAGCUGGUCGACAAUAUGUUCUUGAAAGGCUGCGUUCCGAAUCAAGUGACUUACAACACACUUGUACAUGGGUUGUGCCUCAAAGGAAAGCUCGACAAGGCAAUCGAUCUUCUGACACGGAUGUUGUCGAACAAACUCCUCCCGAACGACGUUACCUACGGAACCGUAAUUAAUGGACUUGUAAAGAUGGGGAGAGCUACUGAUGGUAUGCGCGUGCUAACGACAAUGGAGGAAAAAGGGUACAGGACAAACGAGUACGGCUAUUCGACGCUUGUUAGUGGAUUGUUCCGAGAGGGAAAAUCUCGAGAAGCGCUAGAAUUGUUUAACAAGAUGAAAGAAAAUGGACGCAAGCCCAAUACGGUUGUUUAUAGUGCUCUUAUAGACGGUUUGUGUCGGCAAGGAAAACCGUACGAAGGCGAAGAGUAUCUUUCUCAGAUGAUUAGUGUAGGUUGCGCGCCGAAUGCUUUCACGUACAGCGCCUUGAUGAGGGGAUUCUUUAAAGUCGGAGACUGCGAUAAAGCGCUUCUCGUGUGGAAAGAGGUUGUCGAUAAGGAUUACAUGGAUAACGAGGUUUGUUACAGCGUGCUUAUUCACGGCUUGUGCAAGAACGGAAAGUCGAAAGAUGCUCUAACGGUGUGGAAGCAUGUGCUGGCAAAAGGGUUGUCGCCCGAUGCCGUGGCUUAUACUUCGAUGAUUCAUGGUCUUUGCAACGACGGGUCGAUAAGAGAGGGUUUGAACUUAUUUAACGAGAUGCAGUGUAAAAAAGCGAAACCCGAUGUGGUCACCUACAACGUACUUAUUAAUGCUUUGUGCAAGCAGGGUAGAAUUCCCCAUGCUAUCGAUCUUUUAAAUAGCAUGUUGGAUCAAGGGUGCGAUCCCGAUUCGGUUACGUGCAAUAUUUUCUUAGCAAGUUUAAAGGAGAAGCCCGAUCCGCCUCGAAAUGGUGGAGAGUUUCUAGAUGAACUAGUUGUGAGACUACACAAACGGCAGAGAAUAGAUGGAGCGUCCAAAAUUAUAGAAGUGAUGCUUCGAUGUUUUCUUCACCCGAAAGCGUCCACUUGGGAUAAAGUUGUUAGAGAGAUCUGUAAACCGAAGAAAAUACGAGCUGUCAUUGACAGAUGUUGGAGUGAAUUGUUCUUGUGAUUUUGACUGGUGCGGAUUCGGAUUCUUCUCUCUCGAAAUGAGUAUAACUCCGUAAAACCAUUCGAAUAUAUUUAUCACUUUCUUUUUGUUCGUGAAAUUCUGAUACUUCGGUUAUGGUAUUGAGUGCAUACGCAUGUAAAAGAACUAAUUGAAUCAGGAUGAUAGUUUCAUCAAGUAAAAUGAUUGGUUUUUGGAUUUACAGGAUGUGAUAUUUGCACAAUUGACUCCCUCGAGCAACUUGGGUUAACCCAUAUCCUCUGAAAAAAAAAAACGGGACGAGUGCAAAGUAUUUGCUAGUUGAUCCCCGAUUUUGCUGCAGUUGUGCUUUUAGGCCCUCACUUUUGUGAACUUUUCGUGAAACGAGGAUGAGCUUGCUUUUGGGGGGCCCACCCCAUGGUCCUAUGGCGUGAUCCAAGGUGCUUAAUUUAGGUCUCGUAGUUUUACUACGAUGCCUUCAAAACCUCUGCAUCUCACAAGUUUAUGUUGCAUCUUCUCGCGGGCAUUAUACCUUUCGAUUUUGCAGCCAACGUUGUUUGCUGAAAGAAAUCGACUGGUCUUUUGGUUGGAAUAGGAUCAACGGAGUUUUUUCAGACACUUGUACGCAACUUUUGGCUCCAAAU